CUCUGGGGAAAAAAAUGACCGUCAAAAAUUUCUCCAUUGAAUAUGACUCCAUCAACAGCCAAAACAUCUUCACAAACGGAGAUACAAUCAAGGGAAGGAUCAUUGUGGAGGCCUCGAAAGAAACUUCAAUCCAAUCGCUGACCUUCAUUGGAAAAGGAAGUGCGAGGGUUUCCUGGCAUGAAUAUUACUUUGAAUAUGAUCAUCUUUACUACUGGGCCGAUGAAAAAUACUAUGAAAUCAAGCAAUAUAUCCUGAGACUCGGUAGUGAAUCCGUCGCCAAAGGAAGACAUGUGUACCCCUUUUGCUUCACGGUCCCUAACAGGAAAAUGCCAUCAUCGUUCAAGUCGUCGACUGGUAAAAUUGUUCAUAAGCUUAAAGCGGAGCUUAAACAAUCGAUGAGGCUGACAAAAACAGCGAAAGUCCACUUCACGUUUGUCUCCAAAGCAGACAUGGACAUACCUGGGCUUAUGGAACCUCAACAUGAGAUCAUCGAUAAAAAACUCAUAGGUUCUGGAAUUAUUGCGAUGGAUGUUUACACAAAAAGGAUGGGAUACCAACAAGGUGAAGAUCUCCGAAUCAAAGUGGACGUUCAUAACCGGUCAUCCCGCACCUUGAAGCCCAAAUUUGUACUGUACGAAAAGCGGAGUUACUUUGCUCAAUGUAACCGGAAAGUCUCCACGAAGAAGAUCCUCAAAGAGAAAUGUGAGAUGAUUGAAGCCCAAAGCAAAGAGACGAUGGAGAGCGUGAUCGCCAUCCCCAGGAAUCUGCCCUCCUCCAUUCUGAACUCUGCCAUCAUCAGGCUGGAAUACAGGCUGAAGAUCUUUCUGGACAUCAAAUAUGAAAUAGACCCCCAAAUCAAACUUCCAAUCGUUGUCCUGCCAGCCUUUGAGGUUCCUGCAAGAAACCUUCCUACAGAUCCGGUUGCUUGUGGAUUUGAGGACUUUGGGAGCUCAAACCAAAAGAGCUGGAGCGAAGCAACCCAAACUUCGGAUCUUCCCCCACCGUAUGAAGCACAUAAUGCGUAUCCCACCUUGAGUAAUUCUGACAAAUCGAGACAUUUACUCUAAAUCCCUGAAAGGAAAUGUACGGUGCCAAUAAAUCAGACUCUAGCCUUUUUUCUUGUAUGUGUGGGUGGAACAACCAUCAAAUAGAACUGUUUUAUUCAUUGUAAUGUUAUAUUUAUGUUAAUUGUUUGCUAUACUUUGUCACUUCAUGAAUAGCAAUGGAGAGUGUGUUAAGGAAGUGAAGAAUCGGGUCCAAGCGGGGCGGAACAGCUGGAGGAAGGUGUCUGGUGUUCUAAGUGACAGAAGAAUCUGCGUUAGGAUGAAGGGCAAAGUCAAUGAAACAGAAUUGCACAUCCAACAAUGUGUUGGCAGUCAAACACUGACAGAGUGACUUUUGUCCUUACAUCAUGUUCCUAAAUUAAUCCAACGAAGCACCGCAUAAUUAA